AUGGGCCUCUUCCAGGUUGUGUGCAUGGGCCUUCUGGCGGCCGUCGCUCAGACCCAAGUGCUUCAAAACUGCAGUGUUGACACCAGCCCUGUAAUGGUUGCCAGCACGGAAGAUGCGGCUGCUCUGGCGGCCUCAAUUAUUGGAUGCUCAAACGGUGACAUCGCCGUGGCGUGGGUUGGGGAAGUCGUUGUUGAAGAAACAAUCUUUGUCAUCGGUGGCACCUCGCUGAACAUCACUGGGGCUGGACCCGGCGCGAUUGCGGAUGGGGGUGGCGAGACACAAGUGUUCAUUGCAGACGGGGGAUCGAGCUUGCGCCUCUCGGACAUGACUUUGAGCAACGGCAGCGCGUCUGACGGCGGGGUUAUCUUUACGAACCAACCAGUUAGUUCGCUCAGCGGAAACACAGCAUUCAUCUCCAACUACGCCGAUGGUAGUAAAGGUGCAAUCUACGCGUGUGAUUCUUCGACUGUUUCCUGGGACGGCGACGGAAUCGGGGUAUUUUCCAAGUCCGCGAGGUUGUACGGAGGAGCUACAUACGCGGAAAACACAAACGUGUCCUGGGUUGGCGAGGACACUCAGUUCAAUUACAACUCGGCUACCACUCCGGAGUUUACAUCCAACUUCGCUACCAGAAGCAGUGGAGGUGCUAUCGGCGCCAUUGACUCGACGGUGUACUGGGUUGGGGAAGGAACUCUGUUCGGCAACAACUCCACGACCUCCGACGAACUCCACGGCGGAGGUGCAAUCUCUGCGGAGGGUGUCGCAAACGUGUACUGGGUUGGCGACGACACCCAGUUCAGUGACAACGCCGCUUCUCUGUUCGGGGGUGCAAUUGCCACGCUGGAAGACUCGACCCUUUCCUGGGAUGGCGACGGGACGCAGUUCAUCAUCAACUACGGCGGUGUUGGUGGAGGUGCCAUUUAUCAUGCAACGGGCCUCAGCUUCACAAGUACUACAUUUCAAUCUAACUCUGCUGGAAAUGGAGGAGCGGUCGCGGCGUACGAUGCCGGAUCUGAUUGGAUUGCUAUGACGUUUUCGAGGUGCACUUUCUCGCACGACGUGGCCAGCGGUACCGGAGGGGCUGUGGGGGUAUUGUUGGGGUACCAGGAGCUUGAUUCCUGGCGUGGUCUCGCUAUUGCUGUGGUAGCCUCUGCGACCAUUAGCGGCUCUUCGUUCAGCAAGAACGAGCUGUACUGCGCGGCUGGCUUCUAUCGGCACGACGCCGAGAAGCAAGAAAGCAAUGCGCGAUUUGAGAAGGUAUGUCUUGAACGUGAUUGGAACGAGUGCGACGGCUGUUUCAUCGAACGGAGUGAUGACACACCGGUAUGCGAGGCGCCGUUGGAGCACACUUCGGCCGACACAGAUGGAGUCACCUUCGAAACGCUCAAGGUCGACGGAGGCUUCUGGCGUGCAACACAAUACGGAUGCUUGUAUCGGGGGGCUAACGGGCUCGGCAAGCUAUUGUGCCUCAGGAUACACGGGACCAUAGGGCACACCCUCGCUACUGUAAGUUUCCUGCCCUCAUGUUCCUUGUGUCGUUCGGUUGUGUUCGUGCCCGUACCUUUGACAGAUUGCGCCGUGUGCGAAACCGACUACUCGCCAUCGCUUGCUCAUACCUGUACGCGGUGCUCGAGCUCGAGACGCCAGGGACUGGUGGCCGCCACUGCCAUCGCCGCCCUUGUCGCGGUGUUUGCGGUGGCGACAUUUUUUAAGUUUUUGUUGUCGACGGAGGUUGAGGAGGGGGGGAAUAUCGGGCGCUUUCGUCGCAGGGUACUUCGAGCCGUUCCCGUCCAGGCGUUGAAGAUCGUCGUCGUCGUGUGGCAGAUUUUGACUCAGUUCGCGGACGUGGCCAACGUCACCUACCCUAGUGUGUACCAAGACUUUCUGGGCGCCAUCGACUUAGUCAACUUCGACCUUGGUUCAGUUCUUGUGGCCGGGUGCUUGUGGUCAGACAUCGACGUCCACGGCAGGCUUCUUGUCAGUAACAUUGGGCCGUUGAUUGUUGUUGGGUUUUUGACGAUGACGGACCGGGUCGCGGUGCGUAGGAACAGGAGUGCAUCCGGUGCUAGUGCCGCAUUAGAAAAGAUCCGCCACAAACAUCAGACGGCCCUCCUACUGGUGACGUUCCUGCUGUAUUCCUCAGUAUCGUCGAUGGUGUUCUCAACGUUCGCUUGUGAGACCCUUGAUGACGACAUCGAGUACUUGCGGGCGGAUGACCGUAUCCAUUACACGGAUGCCAAACACAAGGCCUUUGAAGUGUACGCGGGGAUCAUGGUUUUUGUGUACCCGGUGGACAUUCCCCUGCUGUAUGCUGCCCUGUUGUUUCAACAUCGUGACGUACUGACCCGUGUUGGUGCGGACAAGACAUUAGCUCAGCCAAUCGCCGGUCUGUGGGAGGCCUACAGCCCCGAGCGGUUCUACUACGAGUGCGGGCGCCGUAUUUUGCUGACGGGUGGAGUCGUCUUCAUCUUCCCGAACACUGCGUCCCAGAUUGCGAUUACCAUGCUCAUUGCGUUCUUUUUCUUCGCGGUGUUCGACGUGCUGUCGCCGUACACGUCUGCGUCCGACACGUGGCUUUCGCGCGGGGGUCACGUGAUCGUUUUCCUGAGCAUGUUCGAUUUCCUGUUGCUGAAGGUGGAUGUGUCCGGCGAUAGGGACCAGAGUCAAGCUGCGUUUGCCGGCGUGUUGGUGGCGGGUCACGUGUUGAUGAUUCUUGCCAUCGUUGUGGAGGUGGCUGCUCUCUGCUAUGCGUCCAGGAGGAAGAGGGUUGCCGAGGGGGAGGAGGCAUCCGAGAGGCCGCGCGUAGGAUCGGACGAUGUGCCUGCGUUGGAGAGCGCUCCCGCACCAUGGAGGUCGUUUCUGCGACUACGGUCGGUGUCUGAAAAGACCGGAUCGACUCGUAGCGUCUCUGGCACCGUGGUUACCACAGGCGGGCCGUAG